GUAUCAAAAUUACAUGUUUGUGAUGUGACUACAAUUGGCUACAUUUGUUUGCAUAUACGCAGGAGAAAAGCAAAACCGGAAGCAAUUUUUAAGAGCGAACCACAGCGCGAGAGCAAAAAGCCAAAGAAAACAAAAACAAAACAAAACAUUCCUAUAAGCAUUUCACUAAGCCGCCGCUGUGUGCCUGUUCGCGUGUAUGUACUGCUUAAGAAUGUCUAAGGGCAAGGAGGAGCAUUGGUAGACUUUGGGGUCAACAAUACCCAACUACAACAUAAACAAACAGCAAAUGCCUUAAGCAAUGACUAAGACGUCUAAUAAAAUGUCUGGUAUUACUAACAACAACAACAAUAAUAAUAAUAACAAUAACAAUAACAACAAUAUAAACAAACUGAGUGAAAAGUUUUUGAAUGCAAGCAAAACAAAAACGAUAGAAACGUCGUCACACACAUUGCCAACUGGUGUCAACACCAACACAAUCAACAAUAACAAUAACAACAACAACAGCAACGCCAUCUCCCAUAAUAACCCGAAAUCGAAUAAUAACAACGAGUGUGACAAAAUAACACAACAGCAAUUUUCUGCUACGAUUUCGAGCAAAUUACAAGCACCACAAACCCGGCGCUCGCUGCCAGCUCCCAGUGCGGUGCAAACCUUGGCGCAACGCACACUCCAACAGCAACACCAGCAACAGCAAAGCGUGACGACAAACUCAUCGGCGUUGCCAUCAGCCAACCCAAUUACAAAAUACUCCAACGGCGCCACAUUGCCUUCGCACCAGCUGCAAACCAUCGCCACUGUACACCAACAUCACCCACAGCAGCAACAGCAACAGCACACGACCGAGCCCACGAAAGCUGCGUCAACUGGUGGCAUUUCAACAGACGCACAACAACAACAAACAACACACCUACACCCAACAUCCUCAAGUAGCGCAAAGGAUAAGCGUCCUCACAACCAUAACCAGCACCACCACCAGCAGCACCAUCCACAGCACCAGCCGCACCAUCACAGCCAGCAACAACAGCAGCAAACAGCUUCGAAGCAUUUGAGUGGCGAGAGUGAAGGCACUUCGUCUACGAUAAACGGCGUCGCCUUGCAGCAGCAAAGAAACACAUACAAUCUGCAGGCGCUGAAAGCUGCCAAUCAUUUGAAGGCGCCAGCACAUUCCAUACCGCCACGCUACCAACCACCACCCCAACCGGCUGGCAACCAGGCGGGCAUAUUGAAGCACAUAAAUACACUGCGCAGCGGCGGAGCGGAGAGCGCUGAGACCUUCGGCCAGCGCCAGUCGGCGACGGGCGGCAGCAAACAGCUUGCGUCCGCGAAUUUCGAUACCACGCAUUUCAAUCUUAAAUAUCCGCCGGACAUACCACAAUUGUCGCCUGUCUAUAUACCAGAUUCGUUGAAAUUAAACGGUGGCAGCGGUCGUUACUUACCAACGCAUCAGACAGCGCUUGCACAGCGACAAAGUACGCGACUUGCGGGUGGCGCUACGAAUCCGCAAUACUUCUAUAAUUCACAACAACAACAGCAGCAGCAGCAACAGUACCGGCAGCAACAAGUGGAGCAACAGCAGCAGCAUCAACAAGAUAUGCUUAAGUUUGUGCGUAAAAGUGAUCAGGAUCAUCCAUCGCCGAAUGCUUCGAUCACCUCGAGUGCCGCUGCUGUGUCGACAGGCACCACUCGUCUCACCGCCGAACAGAAUCGACAACUGCAGGGCCUCAUUAAUGAGCUACGCGUCUUAAAGGAACAGAAUCAACGUUUACUCGACGACAAUCAGGAAUUGCGUGACUUGUGUUGCUUCCUUGAUGACGAUCGUCAAAAGGGUCGGAAACUCGCAAGAGAAUGGCAGCGUUUCGGCAGAUAUACCGCCAGUGUGAUGAGACAGGAGGUGGCCGCUUAUCAGCACAAGCUACGUCAACUCGACGACAAACAACAAGAACUAAUUACCGAUAAUCUGGAAUUGAAAGAGUUGUGCCUGUACUUGGACGAGGAGCGCACACAUAUUGCGGCGAAUGCGCUCUGUGCCAAUUGCGGUAGCUCGGUACGCAAUCCGUUACGGGAUGAUGGUGAUGGCAGCAGUUCAAGCACAAAUGCAGAAGAAACUUUAUCGGCGUUAAGGAACUAUGAGCGACAAAUGCCCGAAGCAACGCUACGAACAACGCUAAGUGAUCAGACCGUCCAAUACGUGCGCUCGUUGGAACGACGCAUACGGCAAUUGGAAGAGGAGCGUGUUGGCACAACAACGCCAACAUCCAAUAUCCUAGCGACACAACAUACCCAAACGCAAGCACCAACCGCACAAACACAGCAACAUCAACAACAACAGGCGCAGCAGCAACAACAACAACCAGCACAAAAUCCACUAAUCGAUCCGAUAUCGAGUCGACCCGAAGCUGUGGUGCGUGCGCUUCAAGUACUCGAGGUACGCGAACAACUGGAACGAGAUCGUCUCAGUGGACUCAUUGAGAACUCAAGAGACCAAAUGGAUGACGGCGAAAAGGCGUUGGUGCGCGAAAUGUGUAAUGUAGUGUGGCGUAAACUCGAAAGUAAUGUGCCGAACGUGUCGAGCAGUAUGUAACUAGUAAUGUUAACGGAAAAAGUAAGAUGAAGAAUAAGAAAAUAUUGCCAAUUUCAAUCAUUAAAUGAAUCACUAAUAUUCACGUGCACAUACAUGGAAGGAGUUGAUUGAAAACACUCUUACAUCACAACUUAUUACAUAAGUAUGUACAUUAUUUAUAUACAAACUUACAAAUGUACGUACAUAUUUUACGAAAUAAUAAAGCGUGUUUUUUAAAAAUAUGCAAAUAA